UAGAAUCCAAGACUAUCGUCAGCGACCAGCCUGACGUCGACUGCCGCAUGGACCGCUGCUUCUUGCUGCUUCCCGCAGUUCUCGGUCGAUGUUUGACGAACAAACGCAUAAGAAUGGGGCCAUUUAGUCCCUCCCGAGUUUCGAUUCCGAGCGUCGACCGCCGGAUAACCCACUCCAUCACCACCAUUUGUUCACCACCGCCCCCUGCCUUUCGGGCUUCAUUGAUUUCGAUCUUUCGUGGCACUCUGCCCUCUUCUGGACCAUCCAACUGUUGUUCGCUCCCUCCGAAAUCCCGAUUCCCGGCGGGCGGUCAUGUCUUCCUUGCCCAGGGCGCAAGACGCCGCCAAUCCUGCGGACGCCUCCCACUCUGUCCCGCAGUCCGCCAUUAUUCAAGAGACUGCCGACGGCGAUGCUUCGGAUUCCGCCGACGAGGAGGAUGACCCCUUCUCGGACUUCGCAGAGGACUUCGCGAGUGAUACGACUUCCAUAAAUUCGAUGAUUACGUCCUAUCGCUUUGAAAAUGGGCGACGAUACCACGCCUACAAGGAUGGAGCCUACUGGGGCCCCAAUGAUGAAAAGCAGAACGAACAGCUUGAUAUUGCCCAUCACAUGUUCACCAUGCUUCUCGAUAAUCGCUUAUUACUAGCUCCCAUAAACAGAAACAUCCAGACAGCACUCGAUGUGGGCACCGGAACCGGGAUUUGGGCCAUAGACUUUGCAGACGAAUACCCAUCCGCCCAGGUUAUCGGCACCGAUCUGUCCCCUAUCCAGCCCGGCUUCGUCCCACCGAACCUCAGAUUCGAAAUCGACGACGCGUCUGAGCCGUGGAUCUACCCGGAGAACCAUUUUGAUCUUAUCCACGUGCGGUCCUUGUACGGGGCGAUUUCGGACUGGCCCGAAUUCUAUCGCAAUGCUCUAAAACAUUUGCGACCCGGCGGGUGGUUCGAUCAGCUGGAGAUGUCCAUUCAGUUUACCUCCGACGACGGCACCGUGACCGACGAUCAUGUCCUGGCGGUCUGGUCCAAGAUUUUCAUCGAUGCCGGGGAAAAAUUUGGGAAGACCUUUCGUAUCGCCGACCUGGCCCGGGGAUACAUGCAGGACGUUGGGUUUCAAAACGUGACGGAGCGACGAUUCAAGCUGCCGAUCGGGCCCUGGAGCUCGGAUAAGAAGCUGAGGAAACUGGGUCGGUGGAACCAAAUCCAUUGCGAGCAGGGGAUCGAAGGAUGGGCCAUGGCGUUACUGACGCGCGUGAUGGGCUGGUCCUACACGGAGGUGCAGGUCUUUUUGGCCCAAAUGCGCAAAGGCCUCCGAGACCCCGAAAUUCAUUCGUAUUUCCAAGUAGUCGGGGUGUACGGCCAAAAGCCCGUCGGUACUUUGUGAAGGCCCAUGAUUCGCCUCGGGGAUGGCGGGAAGGAGUCGCCAUGCAUGUUAUUUACUUACGAUGACGAUGACGAUUUGGACUAUUUAUUAACUUCGCACAUUAAUUAUUGCUUUUCGUCCCAACAUGAUGCCGCUACCCAUGUAUUUACUCAACAAAACGAUUGUGCAAUUUAACCUUAGCCAGACGAUGGUGUCGUCACA